AUGAUUUACGAGCGUAUCGGUGUAUAAACUUGGCGGUUGUUAACACCAAAAUUAUUUUGACGACAUUUCUUCCGGGUGAAAAUAAGUUUUAUACUGCUUCGGUAGAAUGAAUAAAGUUGCAUAUAAAUCGUUCAUGGUUUUAUACAUGGUACAGUGCAUAUCAGCACAACUGUCAUCAGUAGAAGAAAGGAGAAAUAAAACACACUGUGAAACCGGCAAUGUUAACAUAGACUGCGGAAGCUCAGUGAUAGCUAUUGAUUCUAUCCUGUUUGGAUAUGAUGCGACUUGUGAUUCGAUUUGUUGCGACUUUAAUACGGACCAUUGUUUAGAAAGUGCGACGACGUCGGAUAGAAUUGAUGUUCGGCGUCAAUGUUCUGGAAAAUCGUCCUGCACUAUUGCCCUUGGAGGGGUCCGGGCUCUUUGUUCCCAAGGAGCGCACGAACCUUCCUAUGUUACAAUUUACUAUUAUUGUAUUCCUUCUGAAAGGAAGUUAUCCGUAUGUUCAAGUGGCACAUUACAGUCAAAUGGGUCACCACUUUUUUUAACAAAUAAAGGUUAUCCAGGUGUGACAACAGGCGAAUCAACAUGUUCUUGCUCUCUAGAAGUACAUGAUUGUUUAUCUAGUGUUUACUUAUAUAUCAUUGAUGCUGAUUUGUAUCUGGAUACAUCAACCUGUGAACAAAGACUAGAAAUACAGGACAAUUUAAACGUGACAUUACAUGAUAUCGAAUGUGAGAGUUACUAUGGAUCUGACAUAACCACUCACACUUUAAACAUGCAUUAUAUCACUAUUAACUUUUUGGACAACUCCAAUGCUAACCAGGAAGGAUUAUUUUUUCUUGGAUUUGCUGCUUCAGCAGUAAAUACUCAAUAUAGUCUGAGCUGCUCUUCUGUACCGGAGACUCUGUGUGUUGAUUGUGCUUCAGUAAUUGAUAUUGAUAAUGGCAAUGCCUCAUUAACUGUUGAGAACGACUUGUCUUAUGGAGCACAUGCAAACGUGGUUUGUGAAGACGGAUACAACACUACAAAACCGACGAUCCAAUGUUUAGAUACGGGGUUGUGGGAGACAAGUACCUGCAUUGCUAAUGGUAACUAUGGUAACGGUGACAGUAAGGAGGAUCUUGAUACAGACACAGAUGAAAGUAAACAGGGUGGACAAGAUUUUGCAACAUGGAAAAUAGUUGUUAUUGUGAUAGCGAUAAUACUAGCUCUCAUAGCAGUGCUGAUUUUUGUUGUCAAAUAUUGUAAAAACAGUAACGGUGUUCAAGAUACAGAAUGUAAUCAACAAGGAGAGCAAAAUCCCGGAAAUGUACUACCGCCAUAUUUAAUACACAGAGCUCCAUUACCUCCAAUAGCACAACAAUGUGAGGUACCAUAUGGCAUACACCUUCCAUUACCGAAUAACAGACUCGAACUUCUAUAGAUGGACAUAAACAAUGAGAGUGAUAAAUGCAUGGACAUUGUUAGACGUUAAAACUCAAAUUAUCAGUAUUCUGAUUUGUGUUAAGGUUUAUUUGAUAUAAAUUUACUUUUUAUUUGAUUGAAGAUAACAUUAUUAUGCUUGCGAUACCGAAAUUCAUUUUUACCCGAUAAUCUUGUCGGCCUUUCAUAGGUUGGCUCAAUUUUGACCACAACUCACAGGAGUGAUCAGUACAAUAUAUUGUUUUACGAGACAUGUGUUUGUGUGACAAAAAAGCUUCUAGUAAGAAUGUAGAAUCAUUCUCAUUUACUUUCUCAUUGAAAG